CUUUUGGUCUCCCUCGUCAGCAUUCCUACCGACAGUUCUGGUUCACGAAACCGUGAGCAAGGCUUUCAAGCUAUUGUCUACGUUGAAAGACCUACAGACUAGGCACACUUUAUUUCAAACGCCAGAGUGCUACCAAGGGUCGACAGCUACAACAUCCACAAGGCAGCAACUACACUAGCGGAACCUCUUGAAAUGUUUGAUUCACUGCAUCUACUUAGACAGCUCUGCGGUCAGCCAAAGGAGGACUCCGACAACAGAAAUAUUGAACAGCAGUUUGUCGAUACUCAGAUGGCACCUGCCUUCAACACCAAUACGCUUCCAUCCCGCUAUCGAGCUUACGGCAUACUAUGCUCAGCCGGGAUUCCUUCCCUCAUCUGGUGCGAGGAUGCUUUGGAGCAUCUCGGCGUCCCCACUGAGACAUUCUGCCUGUUCCUGGUGGUCCCCGACUCGCUCCAGGCACAGGCCUCAGACCACUUGAUGAAAGCUGGCUAUCAAAAGAGAGACCUCCCCUUUGCUUUGAAUCAGAUUCCUCAAUUCAGCAAUAUUUACGGCCCACCCGCCCCAAGCCCAAGUCAGUUGGUCAACGAAGAAGAUAGAGACAACCCUUUUUUUGAUCCCGAGGACAACAUCAACCGCCUUUACCCCCCUGUCAUCUUACUCCCUGCUAUGGAAUGGUUUGUGAACCUGCCGGAAACGUAUUCUGGAAUGCAGGAGUGCUAUCCAACACUUCUACAGCUAUUCACCAGUCUCGUCUCAAAGUGGAUGGUGUUGGAGGAACAGGAUGAAGGCUUGCGUAUGGUUCUUGCUGUUCUUACUAGUAUAGAGUACAUUUACGACUAUUUGGAUGUUGUUAAGCAGCCAGAAUUCGAGGAGGGAUUACCGAAAAAUCUUCGGUUGUUCCAUACGGAGAGAGUCAAUGGGUUGGAGCCAGGCGAGUUAUGGUUAUAUUCCUAUCAGAAGCGGUUCCUCGGUCGAACUAAUGUAGAUGACGCCUUUGAACGACACAAGCCGUCUCAGGACCGUGGCGCUUUCUAG